AUGACUGUUGCCAAUCCCACUGUCGUUCGUCGGAAGAGGAAGUACGAUCUUUCGUUCGAGCAGGGCACAAAGUGGGUAGAUGUACCUCAGAAGGUUCGCUUUGCGGCCGACAGCGCUUCAGCUGGGUCCAGCUCUGGAAGCGCGGAAGAUUCGCUUCAGCGUCAAGGUCAUGAUAGUACAGGGUCCCAUGAAAAGCCCGUGGUCAAUCACACGUCUCGAUCGCGUGAAGGGCAGCAGGAAGUUCACAGGGCGUCUGCCAGACUGCCUAUCUUCAGCAACAUCGGAAACUACACAACAACCAAACCUGUGCUUCAUCAAGGCCUCGAUUCACCUCUCGGAUGGCACAUCCACGACUACAACGAGGCCUUGCUCUUCCGAUACUACGUGACAGACCUGGCUGCUUGGUUCGAUGAGACCGACACCCAGAAGCACUUCACCUUUGCGAUACCUCAGCUGGCACAAGGGUGUGCUUCGCUCAUGAAUGCUAUUCUCGCCUUCUCGGCGAAGCACCUCAGUCUUCAGGGUAAGUUGCCUGAAGCAGUGUCUCUUCACUAUACAGAUGCCUGCUACAAGCUACUCCUGCCCCGGUUACAAGAGAAGGCGUUCGCCGCCUCAGGUCUUGCGGCUGUACUGCUGCUUCGAACGGUCCAGCAUAUGACAGACUCGGUCAGCUCAGACAUAGGCGUUGGAGACUUCUUCCUGGGUCUCAACGUCAACCUUGACGCCCUCAGAGCCAAUCUGGACUCCAACGUCCACGCCGCUAUCUUCGCCAAUGUCCUCAGGUUCUACACGCACCUCGCUUUGUCCAACGACAAACCUCUGGACUUGAUGGAUUCGAAUUGCGAAUGGCUUUGCCACGAACUGCCGAUGCCAGAGGAUUCCCGCAAAUGGGAGUGGUGUGCGCUGAUGGAGUGUUGCCGUGCGGUUAAUUUCGUCUAUGGACCUAAACUGAAGACCAUGGAGCGGUGGAUGAGUGGUGAAGCCAGUCUGAGCAUCUUCCGACUGAGCAGGCCGCCACUACUCGAUCCAAUAUACGCAGAGAAGGAUACGGAGGGAGAGCCAUUUCCGCGCACCAUUUUUGCGAGUGAGAUACAUGUGGCCUCUUCCAUCUACUACUCGUUGACUACGCUAUUGCUGAUCAACAACAUACCUGAUUGCGACUCUUCUCACUACAACAUCCCGACUCCCGAGGAGAUUGAGCAUCAAUCAUAUUCCUCACUCCGAAGAGUCUGUGGCACGGCAACAUACCACAUCAACUCGGUGCCCACCCUGAUCAAGACCUCCUCCGUCAUUUGCUAUGCCGGCCAUCUACUCAAGACCGAAGCAGAGCAAAAUGCCGCCUACGAACUGCUGAUGAAGGCUGAGUCACACUUCCCGGGCACCCAACCGAAGGCCAAAAUCGAGCGCUUGCGGGCAUCAUGGGGCUGGACUGAUUGA